GCAGCAAGCUCAAUUCCGAGUGAGAAAGUAAUGGCGUGUGCGGCGGCUCGCGAACGUGUACAACACCGUCCAACCAGAGACCCAGCGGGCCAAACGCAAUCCCUAAUUCCUUCCACUUGUCAUCAUCCAUCGUGUGCUAUCGUCCGUCCUAUCCCAUCGGUCUCGUCUUCCUACCUCAGAGAGUUUCGGAACCUGGCUCCAAGUGAAACUCGUCCAUCUCUCUGAUGUCUCCCUGUUUGUCCUCUACGGGUGGACGCUUCUCAACUUAACGCCAGCCGCUAUUGGCAUUGUGCUGCACAAGUGUUCCGUUCACUGGCUUGUCGAGCCAAGUUUGGCUAAUGCCCGACCGGGUCCAAGACACACACACACACACACACACACACACACA